UGCUAGAUGCAGACACGUGCAUAGAAUGUCACACUCGGCAAAGCAUGUCCGCUUUCCAUGGAUUAUCUUUUCCAUCUGAACACCCGGUGCUUGAUUCAUGAGGUGCAGAAGUGCUCAAUUAGGACUCACCAAGCCUGAAUGAUGAGCAACAAUCCCUUGCCACUGGUUAUAACAUAUUCUGCUGUCAGUCAAACUCUUGAUGCGAAGUGGAUCUUCGCCAUUAGAUGUCUUGCUUAAUCCUUUACAUGAGGAAUAUUACCUAUCCGAAUACUUGAUGUGCUAUUCUGCAAGUGCAGAGCUAGAGGUACUCAGUGAGGACAAAACAAUCCUAACGGAUCCACAACAAAAUGAUAUCUUCCUGCCCGCAGGGUGAUAGCUAUGGUCUGCUGCAGAUUAGACAGUUUGCUUUCAGCAGAAUCUCUGCUAGUAAUUACCGUUUUUGACCAUUUACCUCGGGUGUUUUGCAUCUAUUCGAACAGUCGAUGUUUCAUUCAUUGAGUGCAGAUAUACCUGUAUAAUUCAGUAAGAACACAAGAAGCUCGAAGAAUUCACACCAUGAAAAUUUUUCUUGUUUUAAGUGUAUGAUUACCGCAGAAAUGAUCAAUAAGGACUGAUUAAGCUUACGCCUCAUACACAAGCAACUGAUCUUGCCAUUCCCCUGGUAGUAUUGAGGUUAUUCUUCGGUAAUAUUUUUGUGUUUUAACUUUUAAGAGAAUCUUAAUGAGUACAAGUUUAGAUACGACUACCCACGCAGAAAGGAGCAUUUGCAAAACUCAAGCAAAGGCCGUCCAAGUAUAUUUUUUUCCAAGAAUGAACAGAGCCCAGAAUGCAAUGACUCUUAAAUCAAGUGGAGCAUACGAAAAGAGGUAAUACAACUUUGAAUAGCAAAGGACCUAUCGGCGCAUCUUGAGGGACAGUAGCUACCAACCUCAACAUGGGUAGCGGAACGAGUAAGGCGGUUGCCACGACUACGAACUCUUCCCAGAAGGAAGAGGUCAAACCUAUCCCCAAGAAGGAUCCCAGUGACAGGAGAAAGGUGGAGACGACGGCCUGGAGCCUGACGGUUCCAGGGGUCGACGGUGCCGCCGUCACUGAUACGGAAGAGGAACCCAUGCACAUCUAUGACGCGGUCGACGGGGGUAUCGGGAAGGAGGCAAAGGAGAAGGACGACGAUGCCGGCAAAGACGAUGGCGAUAAAGACGACUCGCUUUCGGAGGGGUCCACUUCUGAAUACCUCAUGACAAUGGGACAGCCAGCUAGCAGCCGAUCAGCAGAGAGUGAUGAGGAUCGGAAUAAAAAGUUGAACGUUCUUCAUCAGACCGGUAGCUAUCACGAGUCGGAGUUCACCGAUUCCAAAUUCAAGGUGUUCAACGAUUACCUGGUGUGGGCUACCGAGACCGGGAGCAGAGGCGAACGGGUUGUCAUGCCUGACGAUAACAUGAAGAUACAGCAAAAACAAACGAUACGGGAUACAAUGGCCAAACUGCAGGAGGCCGAAUCGUACACGGGUAAUGAGGAACUCCACUGUCUUCUCGUCCUCUGUAAGAUGAGUGACGUCAGGCAGGAGGACUACGUCGAGCUCGUCACUGAGCUCGGCUACACAAAGCUCUUCAUGAAGAUCUGGGAUUCAUUACACAAGGUUAACGUCAAUGAUCAGCUUGCCAAUCCAGCGACCUACCUUGCCAUCAACAUGCUGCUGGAUGCGACGUCGGGCUUCACAGAGAUCGGAAGCAACCUAUGCAGGGAUAUGGGCACCGAGUGCGUCGAGGCCUUGCUGCUCGUGCUCUACGACAAGUUCUACGAGGUCGAUGAACUUAACAUGGACAGCAAGAAGCUGAGGUGGAUGUCGAGGAGGGAGUUUCUCAAGAGAGUCCUCACCGUCCUCUACCACUGUAUCAGACAUUACAUGGAUAACAAGGAAAUAUUUCGUGAGCACCACGCUUCUCUGCUUCUCAAACCCUACCUGAAAUGCCGCUUCCUCAUCCUGCGUGUCAAGGCAAUAUUCACCCUAGCUUUUAUCGUAACGGAGGACGAGAACGCUCAUCUGAAUACGACCAACACAAACAUCGACUUUAUCAUCAAGAUCUUGAGCAAAGCUCUGAGUGAACCCAACCAUUAUUCGGCACACUACAACUUCUCCGCCAGUCAGGUGGCCGAUGCCAUGAAAUAUCUCGCCGCUUAUGACGACAACAAGGUGAAAUUUGUCGCAUCCGGAGCUCUUUCUCGCAUCGUCUCCAUGCUGCAGAAUGAUAACCCCAUGGAGGAACAGAAGAGUGCCAUGGAUGCCCUCUGGACCCUGUCAUUUCACCCCACAAAUAAGAAGGCUAUCCAGGAGGAAAAGGGAUGCUUAGAAAUUGUCCGUCAAUGUAAGAUGACAGAACAACUAUCCCGAUCUUCUACUGCUGUCCUGUGGAAUGUAGGCGAGGAGACACACGCUACACUCACAAAGAAGUCGAAGGACUCAUCCCGCAAACCCAAGCUCGACGACCGCGAAGCAUCGCCGUCAAAAUCCCGCGGAGAGAAGGAUGACAACAUUGCCCGCUAUGCCGUUGAAACCAUCGAUGAUAGCAUGUACGUAGGGAAUGAUGAUGAUAAUGACGAGGAGGAAGAAAUCAGUACUAAUCACGUGAUGCUCAGCUACCAAUGGGAUGUCCAGAAACAAAUCCUGAAGGUCAAGGAACUUUUACAAGCUGACGGAUACAAGGUCUGGAUGGAUGUCGACCAAAUGGGUGGGUCCACCCUAGAGGCUAUGGCGUCGGCUGUGGAGAAUGCAAUGGUCGUACUUAUCUGCUUCUCGGAGAAAUAUAAGAACAGCCCUGCAUGUAGAACAGAGGCUGAGUACACUUUCAAGCUCAACAAGGCCAUCGUCCCCCUCCAGAUGCAGCAGAACUACAAACCCGACGGCUGGCUCGGGAUCAUGAUCGGAACGAAGUUUUACAUACAGAUGUCGACCAUGGACGAGGUCAUCAGCAACGUCGACAGGCUAAAGAGGGAGUUGGCCGGCCGUGGUCGUCUGCCGACGAUGUCAUUGUCGACAAGACUGCCGUCCAUUUCUUCCAGUGAUGGCGCCGUGGUAGCGCAAAGCAAAUUCAAACGUAACGACUCGAAGCGGCAGUCACGACGGGAAGCUGCCAAGAACGUCGCAAGCUGGACGAACGACGAAGUGAACUCGUGGUUGACGCGGAACGGUCUCCCGGAGCUCAAGAAUCGUUUCCAGGGCUACGAUGGCGAGGGUAUCAUGGGCCUGAAGACGAUCGCCAACGACGCGCCCGAGUUCUUCUACAAGGAGGUCAAGACCGAGUUGGGUCUCAAGUCCCUGAGGGAGAUCAUCCGCUUCAAGCAGGCUUUGGAUGAUAUCUUGUGAAGGAAACCCGAGUCGAGAGCCAUUGCACCGAUAUCUUUACUGCUAUUGCGUGUGUGGUACGGGUUAAGCUUCGUGAUGCAUUUUGAAGCCUUGUGGUACCUGUUGAAGCUUCGUGGUACCUGUUGAAGCCUUGUGGUACCCGUUGAUGCCUUGUGGUACCCGUUGACGCCUUGUGGUACCUCAUGAAGCCCUGAGGUGCCUGAUGAAGUCCUGUGGUACAUGUUGAAGCUUUGUGGUACGUGUUGGAGCGUUGUGGUGCUAUAGAUGCUGAUCAUUUUUUUAGACCACGCGUCUCACACAAUGUCUGGCAAAGCCAAGGAAGGUAUACAACGUUAGUGAGACAACCAUGUCCUACAAUCCUGAAAAACAGACCGAAUUUGUGUCUCUUCUUUCGAACUUUCUUGUAAAGGAAGAUUAAGCGGUAGGCUGUCUCCAUGUUUUGUACUUCGGUCCAAGGUAAACAACAACUGAUUGAAGUAAACAAUAAACUGUCGAACAGGUGUUGGAACUGUUGUAAAGAAAAGGACCAUGAUCGCUGCCGCUGUUUUUCACCGAGAAGGUUGCAAACUUGGACACACAUUAGUGCUAAACACGAAUCUUUGUAUGUACUCAGUGCAAUCGCGGUAGUUGAAUGUAGGUUUUAAAAUGAGAAGUCGCCGACAUGGCUUAAUUUAGAAGUUGCAUGACGAUAAGCUACUCGCUAUUGAAUCUGAGAUUUCGAAGUAGGUCCAUGGUCUGAGGGGUUUCGAAAUGUAGAUGAUAUUGGUUGUCAGACGUUACGAAUUUUCAAGACAAAAGGUGAAACUGUUUACGUGUUACAAUCCUUUCCUAGAUUUUCACCUUGAGUUUGUCUACGAGUGUCAUGUUGUAGGUUGACGUUAUGUAGUCUGGAAGGUAUAAUUGGGCCACUGCCAAUUUUAGAUCGCCUUGUUGCCCAUUCUUUGAAACUAAAUCGUAAAGUCUGUGGUUUUGCCAGGGACUAGACUGGUUUGUUCGGAUGAGGGGGAGGGGGAAACCUCAAUAUUGAAUGAUAUGAGAGAGAUUGACACAAGUUCUUACCUAGUAAGUGGUAAGUCUAGAAUGUUGCAACUGUGAUCACAGAUUAGAAGCCUUACUAAAGAUUUGUAGCGUCUUAGGGUCCACUAAAAUUUUAGCUGAAGCGACUAGCAUGUAGGUGAGUGACAUCUAAAGACUAGGAAACUAUAAGAACUUUAAGUCAGGAUGGAAUCGCAUAAUGAGCAGACACGGUGUGCUAUAUGAAUGUUAAUGUAUAUAGCUAUAUCUGGAUGUUUUGCACGGAGACUAUUGUUAAUGUUUAGCUUACGAUUCUAACAAGUGCCUUCAUCAUGAAAUAUUUUAAGGGAAAGGUAUUGUUAAUGUAGCCUCACAGUAAAAUUGAUGAUAAGCAGCAUACAUUUAUGGUGUACCAAUGUAUUGUUUACAGGCAUAUCUGCAUUUUGGCACCAUGCUAUUGUAAAAAAAAAAAUUAAAUAGGCCUACACGAUUCCAGCACAGUCUUCCUCAAAAAAACAUUCAGGGAGAAUAUAACAUUGCAUUCGUGAAGGUCCGAUUUCGGUGAAAUUUAUGGCAUUGUCAACCUACAAUCAAACAGUAGCUUGGUUUUGUCCUGGGGGAGGGAAAUUAAAGUCUGGGUAUUUUACCGACAUCUCUACCACCGCUGUAAAGUAUUUUUUUCAAUUGCGCCAUCUUUCGGUGAAGGAGUACGUGGAGUGAUUUCCAUUCGAGUUCUGGGGAGAGAUGAAAAAUAAUUUGUGAGCGUUAUCGUUGUUAAUUAAGCAAGUGUGGAAGAACAUCAGA